CAUACUGUAAGCACUGACAUAAAUUAAAAAAAAAAAAAAAAAAACCUUAAUUCAUUUAUGUAUCUGGAGAAGAUUGAAACAGCACAAAAUGCAUGCUUUAAUAUUGCUGAUAUUUUUGUAUUGUAAUAUGCAUUAAAUGUAGUACCCAUAUGUCAUGCAUAAAUUUAUAUACAUAUAUAUAGCUUCCAUCAACUUUAUUAGAAAUUAAUUUCCCAAAUCCUUCUCUAUAAUAAAUUAAAUGAUAAAAUAUAAAUUUUAUAUUCUUCUAGAAUAUAAAGUAGAUGGCUACCACAAUAAAAAAAAAAAACAGAGUAAAAUAACAGAAAUGAAUUUAAUUUACAAACGUGUAUGCCAUUUUUAUUCAUUAAUGGCACAAUAAAUUUGAAUGCCACCGUUUAUUUGAUGGGAUACUGGAGAUAUAAACAAGUUGAGUAUGAAAAUGACUAAAACAAUCAAUAAUUAAUUAAUUAACGUAAUUAAUAAGAAACUGAUAAAUACCUUCCUCUCCUUUUAAAAAAAAUGACAUUAUUCAUGCAUGGUAUAUGUCUGUGUGUGCAUGUAUGUAUAUGUUAUCAUUGUCAUUUACUGUAAAAUCAACAUCUUCAGUAUCUAUGUGAAUUGUCUCGAUGGCAAGUUAAUUUAAAGUUCUAUUAGGUAAGAAGAACACAGUCUAACCGUAAGGAGAGAACCUUAUCUUUACGGAGUCGUGGGUUCAAUUUCUACCGAGUUUGCCUGCACAUAUAAUAACCAAACCACAAAAAGCGUUAGGUGGAGGGACAGUUGAGAUAAUUAUUGGGGGAAGGUUCCAUUGUUGCAUAGAAAAGCCAAUACAAUCCCUCACUUGCUCUCCAAGUCAGUUUCCAGGACUUCAAAUUUGCCAAAUAAAAAUUCCCUUCCCUUUCAAUACACAAUAACAUGUCUCACCCAAUACACCAAGCCAGUGAAAACAGUCCAUACGGAGACCUUACUAGGGAAGAAUUCUACAAAAAGCACCAAAUCUUCCAUCAACACAAUUUCAUGCUUAACCACAAAGGCAUGAACAUUUUCACCCAAUCAUGGCGCCUGGACUGUACUACUUCCCACCUCAAAGGCCUAGUAGCCAUGGUCCACGGCUACAAUUCUGAGAGUAGUUGGCUCUCGGAGCUAUCGGCAAUAGCUAUAGCCAAAGCUGGAUUCUUAGUUUGUGCACUUGACUUGCAAGGGCAUGGUUACUCAGAUGGGUUACCUGGUCACAUCCCAAGAAUUGAACCUAUUGUGACAGAUUGUGUACAAUUUUUUGACACAAUGAAGUCCAACUACCCUAAACUACCAGCAUUUUUGUAUGGGGAGUCACUAGGAGGUGCAAUUUCUAUGCUAGUGUGUCUGGCACAGAAAGGUGAAUGGGAUGGUUUGAUUUUGAGCGGCUCAAUGUGUGGGAUUUCGUCGAAAUUCAAGCCUAUUUGGCCAUUGGAGAAAUUACUACCAGUGGCUGCACUAUUUGCACCUACUUGGAGAAUUGUGGUAUCCAAGCCCUUGGCAAGCCGGUCAUACAGAGAGGAGUGGAAGAGAAGGUUAGUAGCGAAAAACCCUAAUCGCCGGAGAUUUGGGAAACCUCCGGCUGCUACAGCAUUGGAGUUUCUGAGGGUCUGUGAGUAUGUAAGGAGGCAUUGCCAUGAAAUUGACGUUCCAUUGUUAAUGGUGCAUGGUGAGGAUGAUACAGUAUGCGACUCUAACUCAGCUAGGUUUGUGCAUGAGUCAGUUGCAAGUAAGGACAAAACCUUGAAGAUCUUCCCUGGUAUGUGGCACAUGUUGAUCGGUGAGCCUAAGGAGAAUGUGGAGCUUGUUUUUGGGACUAUUUUAUCAUGGUUGGGUAACAAAGCAGCCAAAGCUAAAACAGGGGUAGUCAAUCCUUCUCUCUCUCUUGAAGUCCAUCUCUAAAAUUGGAUUCAAACCAAUUGAUUUUGGAAGGACCACCCACUAGUACUUUCCUUUAUUUCCUUUUUUUUCUAUAGAUUUGUCUGGAUCAAAACCAGACAUAACUCAUAAUAUGUGCUGUUUAGGUAUGUGUUACUGAUUAUGUAAACAAUGGUAUGUCUUUGCAUAGUCUGAUGCUCAUAUAAGGAGGGAAAGAAUCCCAAAAUUAUCUUUACUUAAGCAAUAAAAACCUAAAUUGAAAGCUUGUUAUGAAAAAUUUCGUUUCUUGUAAGUGAAAUAGUUCAAUUGAUGAGCAGUCAUAUGGUAAGUAAAUAAGUUGAUAUGAUCAACCAUGCCUCUGUUUAUGGAAAAGCUACACAAGGACUUUGUUAGGGUUAUACAAGCAGACUUACCUUUCACUUGAUGUAUCCUUGUAGGUGCUGAAGCUUUUGGGAUAUGAAUCACCCUGAGUCCC